AUUAACUAUAUCUGGAGUUAUGAUACGGGAUACUACAUCACAGUGACUGUUAAAGAUACUGAUGGCAAUGUCAUCGCUAAUAAUCUUGAUGUCAGCGGUAUACCAGUACCGGACUUCAACUUCACUUACGUCGCCAAGUACAAAAACUUGUUCUUCGAAGUUGUAACAGGACCAGCUGCCACCUUUGUAUUCACGUUAUCCCUAACGUUCGAUUACACGGACCGCGUUUAUCCUCUGAGCGAAUGCACCCAUCGAUGGCAAAUGACGACCUUGGAAAACACUAUGUGGCGGAAAUACCGAGAGGGAAAUAAUACAGCUCUACUUCAGCCGGUUUUCAAAACAGCCAUUACUCAGUCAAUUGAAACUGAGGAAUUUAAAUUGUACCGCCUUGACUAUUGCUUCGGGGACAACCUUACCUACAAAAUCGCCGUUAGCGUGAUAACAGAGGAUCAAAAGUCAGGAUUUGUCUCUUAUGGUUGCAAGAAGACGUACAUGAUAGCACAUGGAAGAUGUGAUGUGCGCACUCCAUUUCGUGACAUAUCCGGAGGCCCCGUAAAUCUAGUGGUGAUGGACCUGGAGAAACCAGCUGACUAUGGACCCGUUCAUGUCCUUAUAAGUGGUGAUGGGCGCCACCAUCAAAGUAACCACUUCACCCUUGCAGCCUCGGUGCCGUACUGAGACAAUAAUAGACCCGUAGACCC